UCGGUCAUGAGGGAGAAACGUGAUCACGUGUUUCAUGAAAGAAUCCAUUCUAACACUUUCAGGACCGACACACCUUCAUCCUCCAUCGGCCCCCACCGCCUUCCUCUUCCUGGAAAAAAAACUUCUGCAAGAAGGUACAAGGUCAUGUGAUUUUAAUUAUGAAAUAAUAGUUAAAUAAAACAUACACUCAACAUUGCAUGCAUUGUCCAGCAGGGGGCGGUAGUACUCAUCACUAAACUUAAUGUUUAACUUUGCUGGUAAUGUUUUAUUUGACAUGUCCGAAUAGGAAACUCAGGGAGAGAGAAGAAAGGAGUUCAGUGUCUAAUAUUCUGGCUGUCAAUCAUCACCUCCUUCAGCACUUUGAUGGUCAGCAGAUCAUCGAGGAGACAAAAAGACAUUCUUUGUUUUUGUGUUACGUCUCAGAGCUAAGACGUCUUGGAUGACUGUAAACAUUGUAGACGCUGAUGAAUGCUAUUACUCACAACUACUGACGGGAGAUUAUUCUGUCAUCUUUAAAGGGGCGUGGCCUGUGCGUAGAUAAGAUGAGACAUGCUAAUAGCUCCUCAAGAAGAAGAAGAAGCAAAGAGGACAUCUGGCAGAUCUUCCAUCUGUGAAUGAAGAUGUUUCAGAGUUAAAGGCAGCAGGAUCUAUUCCUGGAUUAAAGCUAGUGGGGAUCUUCAAGGACCUUCUGGAGGUGCCUGUGUGGAGGGUACCAGCUUUAACACUAGAAAGAAAGUGUGUUGACACCAAAUAGCUGACAGCAACAGCGGUCACGUGGCGCUGUGAUGGAGGUGUGGCUUUUCCCAGCUAACACUGAAGGCAGCACAAGUUUGGACUGACUGCGGACUUUUUGACGGGUCUGAACUCCCCUAAUUUCUGACCCAAAGCAGGACGGCAACUGAUGUCCAGAAGGUUACAGACAGCUAUGGACCAAUCACCCCGCAGUGGGCGGAGUCAUAUCAGCGUGCUCGCUUGCUUUCCUACCACUGUGGGCCGAGAUGUGGCUGUUGCCGUAGUGACGCCCCUCGGCGUCAGCCUGGGAAACCCCAACAGCCGUAGCCUCCUGCGCACAGAGGCCCAGGUGAAGUGGACAAUGGAGGUGCUGUGCUACGCUUUGUCCCUCCCGCUGGAUUGUGACACGGUCAAACUCUGUGUGGACGUCUACACCAACUGGCUCCUGGCCCUCGUGUCCCCGCGAGACUCCAUCCCUCCGCCAAUUAUCAAGGAGCCAAACAUCUACACUCAGAAGAUCCUCAGACACCUGCUCACAUUCUUCCAAUCCAGGAGGGACCAGUCUAGUGUGGUCCACCAGGCUCUCUGCCAGCAGGUCCUGAGUGCGGUUCAGCUGCUGGCCAGAGAGAGCGCCGCCAUCAAUCAAGACACUUGGGAGACACUUCUUCAUUUCCUGCUUUGCGUCAACCAGUCAGUGCUGGGCCCGCCCACCUCUGCGCCAGCUGCAUCACAGCAUUUGUCCGUGGACGUCCUCUUCCAGGUGUGGCUUCUGUGUUGCUCUCGAUGUUUCCCGUCUAGAUCUUUGUGGGUCUUGUGGAAACAGAUGAUGAGAAGCUGGAGGUACCAGCCUGCCACAGUGGACCAGUGGACCCGUGUGGUCUUAGCUUUAACCUCCAGGUUGUUGCCGCUGGCUUUCGGUCCAGCCUUCCCAUCCUUUAAGGUUCCUGUUGAAGAUGCUGCACUGAUCCCUCCUGACUUGGACCACCAGUGCACUCUGAAAACCUGGUUCCGGUUCCUGCAUGUGCUCGGCAAACCUGCAGACCUGAGGCGUCCGCUGGUCGAUGGUACGGCGCCUCCAACCCAGGAGGACGUGUUCCUCACAGCCAUAACAGCAGUGAGCAAGAUGGUCCACGCCUUUCUGGGUGUCAGUGAGGAGUUCUCAGAAGACCAGCAGAUCAACUCAGGACUCGCAGCAAGGAUCCGAUUCAGAGACCGGCUUCCUUCCGUGGGCGUUGCAGUAACUCGAAGUCCUUUCAAAGACAGACUGCCCUCCUACGGUGUCUCACGGCCUCGUUCUGGAAGUGCCCCGCCCACCCCAGUGAACAUCAUGAGCGUGCCCAGUAGUAACUCCCCCCCUCCCGUACAUGGUCGGCUGAAGACAUUGGGUGUUUCUAAGAUGUCCCACCCCCUCCAUCACUGGAGGUCUUCCUGCGGUCCUCCACUCCAUCCCUCAUCCCUCAGGGGUAAGGUGGACUCGCUCCUCCGUCUCUUUGGCUGCUUCCUGUUUGACGCAUGUGUCCUGGACAAAGAUUGUGCUCCUGCUGGUCAGUAUGUGCGCUACACCUUGCUGCCGCUGUACUUCAAAAAGCCUGAACAGUCACAUGUGACAUGUCAUGUGACAUCAGAGAGAUGGGCAGCCGGACGAGCCGAAGCCUGUGGGACACUUUGUACUAUUUUUAGCUGUAAGAAAAGUGCAGAAAACAUCCUCCCUGUCCACCUGUCCAGGUUCUACUUGGUUCUUCUGCAAGGUCUUCAGGUGUCAGAGGAGAUGAGUCCUCCUGUUCUGGCCUCCAUCCUACUCAACUCCUCCUCUUUGUUUUGUUGCGACCUUCCGGGAGUCAACCUGCUGCUCCCCUCCUUCAUCUCCGCUCUGGAAGCUGUGCUGCUUGACAGGGAACUGCUACGCUUCAAGACUUUUGUGAGUCCAGUGGACUUGAGGCGAGCCUCCAUCCUGAUCCUGAUGUCACUGUCGCCCCUCCCUCACCAGUUUGGACGCAUCCACUUGGAGGUGUUGCUCAAUGGUCGGUACGGUGGUGAUGAUGUCACAUCAGGAAACGUCCUGUCUCUGAAGCCCCGCCUCCUCAGCAUGCUGAUGGUCUCUCUGCAGGCAGAGACCGACAGCACCAACGUCCAGAUGCUCCUGGCGGCCAUGAUGAUUUCGAUUCAGGACUCGGCUCUGCUGGAAGCUGCAGAACACAUUCGGCAGCCGCGGGCCGAACCCGGCAGAACCAAGGGGGACGAAGGACCCGCCGCGGCCCUGUGGAUUCAGUUCGUGCAUCUGCUGACUCAGCAUCUGAUGUCUCAGUGGAGGAAUGACUCAGCAGUUUGUCUGGCGGCGAUGGAGGUUCUGGGAGGACUUGCCAAGGUGAAGGUGAGCGUGGCCGAGGCGGAAAAGAGGCGAGUGGUCACAUGGGUCUGCCGUCACAUCGAGUUCCAGUGCAAGCGUCCUCCUCCCCUUCACUCCAGGGACCUUCACUCCAUCAUCGUGGCGGCAUUCUACUGCCUCAGCACCUGGCUGACUCAGCACCCCGCCAUCUUGGACCACCAGAACUGUUUAUUGGAGGUUCUGGAGACGGUGGAACUGGGAAUUUCGGGCAGCAAGUCCACACAGGAAGAGGACAUGAGAUGCAAAGAGGAGAAAGAACUGAAUCCGGUCUCUUUGAGGGUGAAGGACGCGGCUGAGGUGACACUGAACUGCAUCAUGCUGGUGUCGGGAACCUUUCCAUCAUCUGCAGGCUCGCUGGAUGAGGAUGCUCUGAUGGGCGGUUCUGCUCCACGACACAGAAACAUGAGAUAUUUUGCUGUGGAUGCUUCUGUGAUCCUGGGGUUUCUGGAACAAGCACACGUAGCUGAAACGGUGUCUGUGCCAUGCCCGUCGGUCACUGUACUGAUUCGAGGACCAUGGUCACACCAUACCUGGUGCCUACAGCACCGCCUUCAGCCCAGAGAGGCAAGAAGAAGCGUAAAGCUCGACGGUGAAGUUGCUGGGACAUCAUGUGGUGUUAAAGCUCAACCGCUUCCUGAGAACAUCAGCAAAUGUCCUUCUGUAAAAGCUGACCUGAGCGUUCCAGACCUGCUGGAGAGCAUCACUGAGCAGGUGCUGCUGGAGCAUCUCCGAGUGGCCUUGCAGAGACAGCAGCAGAUGGAGGAUCAGCCGCAGGUGAAGAGCCAGAUGGUUGCCAUGGCGACUUGUUUGCCACCGCCUCCUGUCACUCACUUCCAGACGGCAAGACUCUUCCUGUCCCAGAUGGGCCUGCUGACCCCUGAGACUCUCAAGGAUCCAGGUUCCGGAGGGACACCUCAGUUAGCAUCUCUGGACUCGUCUCUGCCAGGGUUCUUCGAGGAUCUGGGAUGUUUGGACCAGCUUCCAUCCAGAACCCGUGACAGCAUCUUUGUCUUCUACAUGAGGGCAGGACAGAAGACAACUGCUGAGAUUCUGAGGAACGUGGAGUCCAGCCGCAAUGUCUCGUGUCACUUCCUGGACUUCCUGUCAAGUCUGGGCUGGCCGGCGAGGCAUGACCAUGAGGGCGUGACCAGCACAUGUACUUCAGAAUUCCUUGCAGUGAUCGGUGAGAGUGGAGGGCGGGUCUUUGACGGAGAUAAGUUUGUCCUCAAGUACGCCGACGCUCUGACAGACAUCACCUUCAUUGUUCCUUCAGCAUCAUCGUCAUCACAUGCUCAUUGGUCGAAGCGCUGGAAGCAGGCGGGCCAUUCGGAGACGUCCACAGCUGAAGGUGUGAGAUGUCUUCAUGUGGUUUCAUCACUGCUGAUUGUGUGGCUGGAACGCUCGGAGGACAUCGAGUCGUUUCCUGUGUGCCAGCUGCUGUCGCUCAACAAAGUAGAAGCGGAGAGCAGUGUCGCCCAUGUCCAGAUCAUCUUCAUCCGUCCUCUCAAAAGUGGGCUCUUCCACAUCACUGUCCGCGAAAAGUCCAGCAGGAAGUUGAGUCUGGUUCUUCCGCUGCUCAGCGGGAGCGUGCUCAGCAAACGCAGUCUUGGUCUGUGUGUCCCACUUAUCUUGGACUCGCCAUCCCUUUGUCCUCAUGUCUCUUUGUCGUCAGGUGUGUCAGUCAGAGAGAUGGUGAUCAAUUGUUGCCGUCGGCGACAGUUUUGGAGUGACUCGGCCCCCCCGCCCCAUGUCAGAAGGAAGCUGAUGAUCAGUGACAUCAUUUCUCGGUACCGCUGCCACCGCUCUGAGCCCGCUUUCUACAGCGCCCUGUUCCACGACCUCUGACCCUGUGGCGCUUUUGAACCUAAUCAGUAACUAAUUGAUCAGUGUCAGUGAUGAGCAAUAAAAACAAC